GAAAGUACUAUCGAGUCAGAAACAAUAAUAAUCAGAGUGGUGGCGAGUCUUGCUUGUGACCGUGUGAGACCGUCUCUUUGCAAUGGGCUAUUCUCUAAUUCGACGAUAGAGAAGAAAAAGAGUCCCUUUGCUCUUCUUCUCCUUCGAGAAAGUGGGAGACUUUGACUCUUCUCCUUCUCCUCUCUCUAUUUCCCCCGUUGCUCCCGCCGAUUCACCUCUCUUUGUCAAAGCUCCCAGGACUCCUCAGAUUCGAUUAAAAAAAAAUGGGAAACUGUUGCGCAAGCCCUGGCUCAGACACAAAGACCAAAGCUUCAAGACCAAACACCAAAAGCAACCCCUUUUACAGCGAAGCAUACACCACAACAAACAGAUCCGGAACCGGCUUCAAGCUCUCCGUUCUAAAAGACCCAACAGGACAUGACAUAUCCCUCAUGUACGAUCUAGGCCGCGAGGUUGGUCGAGGAGAGUUCGGUAUUACCUACCUGUGCACUGAUAUCAAAACGGGGGAGAAGUACGCGUGCAAGUCUAUAUCGAAGAAGAAGCUUAGAACGGCUGUGGAUAUAGAGGAUGUUAGGAGGGAGGUUGAGAUCAUGAAGCAUAUGCCUAAGCAUCCUAAUAUAGUGACGCUUAAGGAUGCGUUUGAGGAUGAUGAUGCGGUGCAUAUUGUGAUGGAGUUGUGUGAAGGUGGUGAGCUGUUUGAUCGGAUUGUUGCUAGAGGUCAUUAUACUGAGCGUGCCGCUGCUGCUGUGAUGAAGACUAUCCUUGAAGUUGUUCAGAUAUGUCAUAAGAAUGGGGUGAUGCAUAGGGAUCUAAAGCCGGAGAACUUUCUAUUUGCUAAUAAAAAGGAGAAUUCGCCACUUAAGGCCAUAGAUUUUGGAUUAUCAGUCUUCUUUAAGCCUGGUGAGGGAUUCAAUGAGAUAGUUGGAAGUCCUUAUUACAUGGCCCCAGAGGUACUUAGGCGACAUUAUGGACCUGAGGUUGAUAUCUGGAGUGCUGGUGUUAUCCUUUAUAUCUUGCUCUGUGGUGUCCCACCUUUUUGGGCUGAGACUGAGCAAGGAGUGGCUCAGGCGAUUAUUAGAUCAGUCAUCGACUUCAAGAGGGAUCCAUGGCCAAGAGUCUCUGACACUGCCAAAGACCUUGUGAGAAGGAUGCUCGAACCUGACCCCAAAAAACGCCUUUCUGCUGCAGAAGUACUCGAACAUCCUUGGAUACAAAAUGCUAAGAAGGCACCAAAUGUUUCGCUCGGUGAGACGGUGAAAGCAAGGCUCAAACAGUUUUCUGUUAUGAACAAGCUCAAGAAACGAGCUCUACGGGUGAUAGCCGAACACUUGUCAGUGGAGGAAGUAGCUGGCAUUAAGGAAGCUUUUGAGAUGAUGGACAGUAAAAAGACGGGGAAGAUUAACCUCGAGGAGCUUAAACAUGGACUUCAUAAACUCGGACAGCAGCAGAUACCUGAUACUGAUCUACAGAUUUUGAUGGAAGCUGCUGAUGUAGAUGGGGACGGGACUUUAAACUAUGGCGAGUUUGUGGCCGUCUCUGUGCAUCUUAAGAAGAUGGCGAACGACGAACACUUGCAUAAGGCGUUUAGCUUUUUUGAUAAGAACCAGAGCGAUUACAUAGAGAUCGAGGAGCUGCGGGAGGCGUUAAAUGAUGAGGUAGAUACUAGCAGUGAGGAGGUUAUUGCAGCCAUCAUGCAAGAUGUUGACACCGACAAGGAUGGAAGAAUAAGCUACGAAGAGUUUGCAGCGAUGAUGAGAGCUGGGACGGAUUGGAGGAAAGCGUCGAGGCAGUAUUCGAGGGAAAGAUUCAAUAGUUUGAGCCUAAAGUUAAUGAGAGAUGGUUCAUUGCAAUUAGAAGGCGAGACAUGAGAAAGCAUGGGGUCUUUCAAAAGCAGUAAAGGGUUCUGUUGAUGUUUCUCUUAAAGAAGUAAAAAAAAAAAAAAAAAAAAACAGUAUUCUUUGAAAAAUGUCAGUCUUCUUUCGUUGUUUCUCCACAAUAAUAUGUUAUAUCAGGGUUUUCGAAUGCUUUAGUUACUUGAAUAGCGAGCGAUUUAACGAUAUAUGAAGAUGUUGUCUUAAAUUUU